GCUAUUAGAAUACCUGAAUAUGAAAAAGAAAAACUCUAUUUUAUUUAUCAAGAGAGAAUUGCUCUUCAAUAAUGAGUUAGUCACAAGUAAUAAAUAAAAUGUAAUAUUGUAAACUUCACCGACCCAAACUUCAACAUAUAUUGUUGGUUUAACCGAGGCUUCACCGAGGAACACUGGGCUCCGACUGAGAAGCGGAAAGUCGAAGAGAAGCUCUCUAGUGGAUGAUGGGGAGGUGGAAAGGUGCUUUACGAUCUACUACUCAUCUUCAACAAAUGGGUAACGCUAAAUCCACCAUAUCUAUCCUUUUCCUUCUAUUUACUCGUCGCCCAAUCCUUCAUCUUAAGAGGGCUGGUUGCUUUUAUUUCCAAAUGUCUUGUUCUUAUGCUACUAUUAGUUCCCCGGACACUGAAAAUUCUGUGAACGUGAGGGGGAAAGGCAAGCAUCAGUUUCAGUUUGAUAAUAUUGGUGAAGCCUUGACGUUGUUUAAUCGGAUGAUUCAUAGCCAUCCCCGCCCUUCUAUUGUUGAAUUUACUCGGUUAUUAGGUGCCAUUGUUAGAAUGAAGCACUAUGUAACUGCUGUUUCCCUUAUUAGACAAAUGGAAUUGCUGGGUAUUCAACACAAUGUCUAUACUCUCACUAUAUUAAUUAAUUGCUUCUGCCACUUGCAAUGUGUGGAUUUCGGUUUCUCUCUUUUGGGAAAAAUGUUUAAAUUCGGUCUCCAGCCUAAUGUCAUAACAUUCUCCACUUUGAUUAAUGGACUCUGCAUUGUAAGUAAAGUAGCCCGAGCAGUGAUGUUGUUCAAUGACAUGGUCAGGGAAGGGUAUCAGCCUAAUUUAAUUAGUUAUAAUACAAUAGUAAAUGGUCUUUGUAAAAUAGGUGAUACUAGUGGGGCUAUUAGAUUGCUAAGGAUGAUGGAACAAAGAGGUUGUGCACCUGACAUUGUAACAUACACCACCAUCAUUGAUAGCCUUUGUAAGGAUGAAAAUGUGACAGAGGCUUUGAAACUCUUAUCAGAAAUGAGAGGUAAAGGCAUCCCAUCAAAUAUUGUCACUUAUAGUUCCCUAAUUUAUGCUAUGUGUAAUUUGGGGCAGUGGAAAGAGGUUACUAGUUUAUUGAAAGAAAUGGUGGCUAACAAUGUCAUGCCGAAUGUUGUCACCUGUAAUAUAUUGCUUGAUGCACUUUGUAAAGAAGGGUUGGUUUCAGAGGCUCAUGAUGUGGUUAAGAAAAUGUCUCAAGAUGGUGUUGGCUCUGAUAUUGUCACAUACAAUACGUUGAUGGAUUGCUGUUGUUUGCAUAGUGAAAUAUAUGAGGCAAGAAAGAUAUUUGAUUUGCUGGUUGGCAGGGAUUGUGCCCCUAAUAUUGUUAGUUACAAUGCUUUGAUCAGUGGAUAUUGCAAAGCUAAGAGGAUGGACGAGGCAAUGAAUCUUUUUCAUGAGAUCUCUGAUAAGGGAUUUAUUCCUGAUGUUGUUACUUAUACGAUUCUUAUGAAUGGAAUGUGUGAAAUUGGAAGACUUUCUGCUGCGCAAGAACUUUUCAAGGAGAUGUCUGCCAAUGGGCAAAUUCCAGAUCAAAUGACUUACUCAGCUUUGCUAGAUGGCUUAUGCAAACAUGGUCACGUUUAUGAGGCAUUGGAAUUCUUUCAAGCAAUGCAUAAUAGUGGGUUGGAACCUAGCAUUUUCCAUUAUAGUAUUCUACUUGAUGGCCUGUGUCAAGUUAAGGAGUUUAAACUAGCAAGGCAGCUGUUUCGUCAAAUCUUUGCCAAAGCAUUACACCUAAACAUUUAUGUGUAUACUAUUAUGAUCAAAGCACUUUUUGAAGAAGGGCUACCAAAUGAAGCACGGGAGUUGUUUAGGAAAAUGGAAGAAGGUGGCUGCCUGCCAAAUAGCUGCUCUUAUAACACAAUGGUCCAGGGAUUUCUUCGAAACAAUGACAUGUUGAGUGCAAUGCAAAUUCUUCAUGAAAUGGUUGACAAGGGAUUUUCUCUGGAUGCCCCCAUGGCAGUCAUGCUAGUUGAUUUCUUAUCUACUGAUGAAACAAGUCAAACGUUUCCUGAAGUAGUCUAUAAAAACAUUGAAGACUAUCAAAUUGUAAAUGUCAAGUGAUUUCUUCCCAGUCAAUAUCAGGAUGGUUAAUUCUAACUAAAUUCCCAUGUUAUGAUACCUAGGUGGAAAUGCACCAAAGCUGGAAGCUCAGCUGUAGUUUGCCAUUUCUUCUGGUUUUGGGCAAGGUUUUGAUGGCUAGUGCCAGUCAUAAAGCUGCUUCAUGGUGAUUUACAAUCAUUCUGAGCUAGAGUUUCUAAUUUGGGAGGAUCAAGUAAUUGGAAGCUGUUGGAAGAGAUCAGCAUAAAUUUGAGAUAGUCCAGAGCAGCCAAUGUUGAUGUUUGACUAGGACAGAAAGGGUUGAUAAUCCAGAAAACCUAGAAUUGAGCCACUAAGAAGCGACUGCAAAAGUAUUGGGAGAUAGAACAAUUUUCUGUGGCAACCAGUGCAUAAUGAAAGAAGGUUUUGGCAGACAUGUAUUGAAGUAUUUGAGGUUUGGAAUCAUGCUCAAGGUGCAGAAAGUUGACUCGCUGGACAAAUCAACAAGAUGGAAGGAAUAAGCAAGCAAGAUGUUUUGCUGUGGCAGCAAAUUGGGAAGAAUACAUGGAAUCUUAAAAGAGCAAAGCUAGGGUAGCAUGGGUG